GAAACUUUGAAGAAGGAGAUGCGGAAGUGCUGCCCAGUCAUAAACAAGCAAUCAAACUCAGCACAACAUUAUUAAUUACAUUACUUCUAAUAAUAUGGCGGUGAAUGCGGUGCAUUUAGAGUCCGACGCGUUUCUUGUCUGUAUGAAUCAUGCUCUCAGCACGGAGAAAGAGGAAGUCAUGGGAUUGUGCAUUGGCGAGGUGGACACAAACCGCAUCGUUCACAUUCAUUCCGUCAUUAUUUUGCGUCGGUCAGACAAGAGGAAAGACAGAGUGGAGAUUUCACCCGAGCAGCUGUCAGCAGCAUCUACUGAAGCUGAGAGGUUAGCUGAGAUGACGGGACGUCCUAUGAGAGUUGUGGGCUGGUACCACUCUCAUCCGCACAUCACUGUGUGGCCCUCACAUGUCGAUGUUAGGACUCAAGCAAUGUACCAGAUGAUGGAUCAGGGAUUUGUUGGUCUCAUCUUCUCAUGCUUUAUAGAAGACAAGAACACAAAGACUGGUAGAGUUCUGUAUACAUGUUUUCAAUCAGUCCAGGCCCAGAAAGGUUCAGAGUAUGAGCGGAUUGAGAUCCCAAUUCAUGUUGUCCCACAUGAAGCUAUUGGAAAAGUUUGCCUGGAGUCUGCUGUGGAACUGCCCAGAAUUCUCUGUCAAGAAGAACAGGACACAUAUCGAAGAAUUCACAGUUUAACUCAUCUGGAUCCGAUCACAAAGAUACAUAAUGGAUCAGUGUUCACUAAAAACCUGUGCAGUCAGAUGUCGGCUAUAAGCGGCCCGCUGCUACAGUGGCUAGAGGACCGUCUGGAACAGAAUAAACAAAGUAUCAUCGAACUCCAGAAAGAGAAAGAGCGACUGACACAAGAACUGGCUUCAUUAUGAACAGAAUGACUAUGAACGUCCUAAUGAGCUUCUUUCUUUUAUUUGAUUUGCUGUGUUGCACUGAAAGCGCUGAUGUUUCUGGCCUCCAGGAAUCACUGAGCGAGUAAAGACAGGAUGUCUGUAAUUCAGCGGUUGUGUGACCUCGGCACAUUUCUCAUCACCGCGUCUCAGCGCUUCCACUUGGAGAUUUGAGUUAUGAACCCCUUUCUCUGUCUGCCCUCACAACCACUUGUUUAACUCAAUUUUGUCGGCGUUUAGCCUAAUAUAUCUUUAUUAAAACCCACUUCUGUGUUGUAGGAUGUACACUUACUGGAAAAUCUUAAAAUGAUAACAGUUGUCAGGUUGAAAUACAGUUAUAUUGUUUGUAUCAUUGAUAUGUUUAUGACGUCACAUACAGCUGUAAAUCUCUGAAUGUACAAACUUUUCCAAAUAAAUGACAAUGUUGAAUAAAUAGAUGAAU